AUGCUCUCUCCUCUCACCCUCGGUCUCGUCUUGCUACCACUGCUUAGCGCAGCGUAUCCCGAGGAGCCUCCGACGACUGCGGCUCCAGACACCGUCGCAGACUGCACAUGGUGGCAAGUCGCCGCUGAGACCGACACAUGCGCCAGUAUAAGUGAAUACUGGGGCCUCACAGAUGCGCAGUUCACGACAUACAACCCAAGUCUGGCUGAUGGCUGCAAAAUCACUCCGGGUAACUCUUACUGCGUCGAAAGUAACUUCGGCUUGCCUCCGCCGUCAUCUACCACCAGCACUCUUGUAACCGUAACAAGCGCCAGUCAGACACCUAUGCCUACUCCCACGACGCUUUUGGGGAUCUGCGAAGAAGAAGCUGGUUCUUACGCGAGUACAUCUCAGAGUGCUUCUACAGUACUUUCUUCAGUAUCAACGGCGUUCAGAGUCAAUGCUGGCAGCAUGGCGGCAAUGACUGUGCGAACCAGGCGGCCGCUGCUGUUUGUCCAGACCAAUAGGCUAUGUCGCGGCAACGCAGCUUUUAAAUACCAGUACAGCGUACGAGUUUCAGCAGACAAUAUAGAUGAAAUCCUCGAUUUAGCGGCGGUGGAGAACGGCGUUGAGGACAUCCGCUAA